AGCAGAUCACAUGAGAAUUUUACACAAUGGAAUAGCACAUGUUAAAACUUGUAGGAGGAGUUUUCAUUUUGCUCUAGAUGGAUGCAGAACCCCUGACCUCUGUCGGGACAGUGCUGAUUAGCCCUGUGCUGAUCACAUGCACUCUCCCAAGAAAGAAAAAAACCUCUCUAGCAAUACACACCAAACUGAGCAUGUGCAGAGUGUCUCCACACAUAUGUCUUAUCAGGAGACAAGAGGGGGACACUGGAAGAAGGGGAGGAUUGGAGAAGACAGGAUCAGACAGCCUUUUUACACAAUGCAGAGGAUUAACCCCUUAGGUUCCACAGUGAGUAUAACAAGCAUGCUUUACUGAAUAUACAGACUCA